AGAGGGAGACUGUUUAGACCUGAGAUCUUGAGGCUGUUACCGAAUGAUGGCAGUCGAGGCGAGAAUUCGCGGAUAAACGCACCUUGACGCGUUAUGCUUUCAGGCAGCGCGCUAUCUGAGGAUGAUCAAGUUGCAGUUAGAAUCAUGAAGACGGAGCAGGAAAUGUGCUACGCAUGUGGACAACGCAUAGCUGACCGCUAUCUCCUGCAUGUCAACGGCAGAUCCUGGCACUCCCACUGCCUGAGGUGUUCUGUGUGUCAAGCAGCAUUAGAUCGCCAGCCGUCUUGCUUCAUCAAGGAUGACAAUGUCUACUGCCGGACAGAUUAUGUAAGGAAUUUCGGUGCCAAAUGCGCUAAAUGUUCCCGGACAAUCCAUGCCUCAGACUGGGUGAGACGUGCUAGGGACCAAGUAUACCAUUUAGCAUGUUUUGCGUGCGACUCCUGUAAAAGACAACUUUCUACAGGAGAAGAAUUUGCCUUGCACGACAGUAGGGUACUGUGCAAGACCCAUUUUUAUGAAUGCAUGGACGGUGGGAAUGGGUCAAAUGACG